AUGGAGCUUGAGACCUUGAAUCCAACUUCUGAGCCACUGUCCAGUGAUCAACUGCGUGGAGACUGGGAGCUGCUGUGGACGACCAGCCCUGCAAUUUUGGGCCUUGGACGACCAGGCUUCUUUCAGCCUUUGCAGGAUCAGCCAAUCCUGCAGUUUCUAGAUCCUCAGGAAGGUGUAGCUCGGAAUCUGGAGUUCACAGCUUUAGGGCGAAACACGGUCGAUGCGAGCAUCGCUCCACUCGGCCCAGAUCAGCGAGAGGCAUUUGUGAGUCGCCUGGACGACUUUUUGCUCUUCAAGCAGGGGGCAGAAGAGAAUCCUGGGGGCAGCUACCUUCCUCAGGUCGAUGGGCUUGAGAAGACUACCGUUGGAGUGCGCUUCAAAGUCUUCACGUUGUUUGGACUUUUACCAAUUCCGGCGCCUGCUAGUGCAACCGGCAUUUUGCAGGUGACAUAUUUGGACAACGACCUUCGACUCAGCAGAGGCGAUCGUGGCAAUCUCUUUGUCUUGAAGAAGGGACAUAUCAAUGUUGUGAGCCUUUUGCUGGAGAACAAGGCAGACGUGAAUCAUUCCUUUGACGAGGUACGUCACCGCCACACAUCGAAAUACUCCGAAACUCGUUGGGUUCGUUGA